CAGGUGUCUUCUGCAGAGGUGCGCAUUGGGCCUAUGAGACUGACGCAGGACCCGAUUCAGGUCUUGCUGAUUUUUGCAAAGGAAGAUAGUCAGAGCGACGGCUUCUGGUGGGCCUGCGACAGAGCCGGCUACAGAUGCAACAUUGCUCGGACCCCGGAGUCAGCUCUCGAGUGUUUUCUAGACAAGCAUCACGAAAUUAUUGUGAUCGAUCACAGGCAGACUCGGAACUUCAAUGCAGAAGCGGUGUGCAGGUCGAUCCGGGCCACGAACCCCUCAGAGCACACGGUGAUCCUCGCGGUGGUGUCACCAGUAUCUGAUGACCAUGAAGAGGCCUCAGUCCUUCCUCUUCUCCACGCAGGCUUCAACCGGAGAUUUAUGGAGAAUAGCAGCAUAAUUGCUUGCUAUAAUGAGCUUAUUCAAAUAGAACAUGGAGAAGUUCGCUCACAGUUCAAGUUACGGGCCUGUAAUUCAGUGUUUACAGCGUUAGACCACUGUCAUGAAGCCAUAGAAAUAACAAGUGAUGACCAUGUGAUUCAGUAUGUCAACCCAGCCUUCGAGAGGAUGAUGGGCUACCACAAAGGGGAGCUCCUGGGGAAAGAACUUGCCGAGCUGCCCAAGAGCGACAAGAACCGGGCAGACCUUCUUGACACCAUCAAUACCUGCAUCAAGAAGGGAAAGGAGUGGCAGGGGGUUUACUAUGCCCAACGGAAGUCCGGGGACAGCAUCCAACAGCACGUGAAGAUCACCCCAGUGAUUGGCCAAGGAGGGAAAAUUAGGCAUUUUGUCUCACUCAAGAAGCUGUGUUGCACCACUGACAAUAAUAAGCAGAUGCACAAGAUUCACCGUGAUUCCGGAGACAAUUCUCAGACAGAGCUUCACUCCCUCCGACACAAGAACAGGAGGAAGGAGUCCAUCGAUGUGAAGUCCAUAUCGUCCCGGGGCAGCGAUGCCCCGAGCCUGCAGAACCGUCGCUACCCAUCUAUGGCAAGGAUCCACUCCAUGACCAUCGAGGCGCCCAUCACGAAGGUUAUAAAUAUAAUCAACGCGGCCCAGGAAAACAGCCCAGUCACAGUUGCAGAAGCUUUGGACAGAGUUCUGGAAAUUUUACGAACCACAGAGCUCUACUCUCCUCAGCUGGGAACCAAAGAUGAAGACCCGCACACCAGUGACCUGGUUGGAGGCCUGAUGACUGAUGGCUUGAGAAGACUGUCGGGAAACGAGUAUGUAUUCACAAAGAAUGUGCACCAGAGCCAUAGUCACCUCGCAGUGCCCGUCACCAUCAGCGAUGUCCCCCCGUGUAUCGCGCAGCUGCUCGACAACGAGGAAAGCUGGGACUUCAAUGUCUUCGAGUUGGAAGCAGUCACACACAAAAGGCCACUGGUUUACUUGGGCUUAAAGGUCUUCUCUCGGUUCGGAGUAUGUGAAUUUUUAAACUGUUCUGAAGCCACUCUUCGGGCCUGGCUCCAAGUGAUUGAAGCAAACUACCACUCCUCCAACGCCUAUCACAACUCCACCCACGCUGCCGAUGUCCUGCACGCCACGGCUUUCUUCCUUGGAAAGGAAAGAGUCAAGGGAAGCCUCGACCAGCUGGAUGAGGUGGCUGCGCUGAUCGCUGCCACCGUCCACGACGUGGAUCACCCCGGCAGAACCAACUCGUUCCUGUGCAACGCGGGCAGCGAGCUCGCUGUGCUCUACAACGACACUGCGGUGCUGGAGAGUCACCACACGGCCCUGGCCUUCCAGCUCACAGUCAAGGACGCCAAGUGCAACAUUUUCAAGAACAUUGACAGGAACCAUUAUCGAACACUGCGCCAGGCCAUUAUUGACAUGGUUUUGGCCACAGAGAUGACGAAACACUUUGAACAUGUGAACAAAUUUGUGAACAGCAUCAACAAGCCAUUGGCAGCUGAGAUUGAGGGCGGUGACUGUGAGUGUGGCCCGGUGGGGAAGAGCUUCCCGGAGAACCAGAUCCUCAUCAAGCGCAUGAUGAUCAAGUGUGCAGACGUGGCCAACCCCUGCCGCCCCCUGGACCUGUGCAUCGAGUGGGCCGGGAGGAUCUCCGAGGAGUACUUCGCGCAGACGGAUGAGGAGAAGAGACAGGGGCUCCCUGUGGUGAUGCCCGUGUUCGACCGCAACACCUGCAGCAUCCCCAAGUCCCAGAUCUCCUUCAUUGACUACUUCAUCACAGACAUGUUUGAUGCUUGGGAUGCCUUCGCCCACCUGCCAGCCCUCAUGCAGCACCUGGCCGAUAACUACAAACACUGGAAGACAUUAGAUGACCUGAAGUGCAAAAGUCUGAGGCUGCCAUCUGACAGCUAAGCCUGCAGAGCAGCGACCUCUCCCACAAGGGCACUGUGAAUCACAGGCGUGUACGCGGAGGCUGUCCUUUGUAACACCCUGACGUGUGUAGGCUAAGGAGCUAAUGAUUGAUAUUUGACCUUGAAUCAUGCAAGUCCUCAAAUUUCAGUUUAGCAAGUUAAAUACCAUGAAGAAAAACACACAUUCUUUUGAAUAGUCAUUUAGUAGCAGAACAAACACUUGGCAGAUCUCUUGUGCCAUCGUCCUGUGUGCCUGUCACACUAUGGAGCUGAGUCACUGUAACUGCAGGACACAGCAAGACCCAGUGCCAAUGAGGCCAGCCCCACUAGCUUAGCCAGUGUUUGGUUCAUCUCUUCCCGUAAAAAUCACCAUUGCUAUUUAGCUUGACUGUCCUCAAGAGCAUCAGUCUGCAGGAUUCCUAAGAAGCUUAUCUGAACGGAUAUACCUAAGGAAAAAGUUACAUAAAACGAGCAAAACACCUAGGACCAAAUUAUUGAUAAACUAGUUAGUUUCACAGCUUCCAUGGCGAGGUGGUCUUCUGUUCCGUGGUGUGACACCCCAGUUAGAGGGCAGACUUAGCCUGGUGAGCGCCGGCUCCCAGAUGCCAGAAGCCUGUGUGGCCCUCUUUGGUGUAAACAGAAGUCAUCUGUGAAGGGGCAGGGCGGCAUCUGGCGUGGGGGGCCCACGCGAUUCCCUUCUGGCUUACUGAGGCAGGCAUGAGGCAUUAUGCUAUUAUACAAAAGCCAUCAAAUCUGAAUGCCCUUGGACAAGCAUUUUUUAAAAAAGAAAAAAAUUUAUAUACAUUUGCUGUUUAAAAUUUUUAUUAAAACAAUCUAAAUUUCCUGGGUCUAAGCCCAUGGAGUUUGUUGUACCGUGCGCCACCUCUACGUAUAUAUUUGGGGAAGGCAUGGGGAUGUUUCAAGGUUCAGAUAUAUUUAACUUGUCUAUAUUUGGAUCAUGCUGUCUGCUCUAGUGGCAGAUAAAAGGCACUGCAGGAUGUACAGAUACAUCAGCAAAUAAGACUAUGGGAAGGGAGUAAAUACUAUUUUAAGCUAUUAACUGUAUGCUAAAAGCUUCUGAAGCACAAGUGCAUAUUUUUAUACAGCUCUUUUCACAACUUUGUGUGAUCUCCAUCAAGUCAGACUUGGGAUUUUCCUUUCAUCGCCAGCCCUUCUCUACGCAUUGUGAACACUAGAAAUGUAGUAAACAAAAUAUCUUUUCUUUCUCUGUACCCUGUGCUGCAUUUCUAAGGGAUAUAAACAGAAGCUGAAAUAACUGAAUCAGUAGUUCUUUUUCCAAGUGAAAAUCAAAAUGCAGAACACGUGAAACUGGUACAUGGAAAGAAAAAAAAAUGACUUCUCAUUACAUAAUGUGCCAAUGUUUUUUUUUUCUAUGUUUUGUAUGGAAAAAAUGGAAACAUAUAUGACAAUCCCAUGCAAAGAAAUGUAUUUAAAUUAUUUUUGUUAGGCGAUGAGAACGUGCUUGGUUGGGACAGCGGCCGGCUUUGUGUUGUAAUGCCGCACUGUGCAAAUGUGUGACAAAGUGUUUUGUGAAGUACCUGUAACUAAACUCCUACAGCCAUUUCUCAUC